GACUUUGACGUAAGAUUAAAUAACCACAAAAUAAAUUGAAGUGGAACAAAUUGUGAUUGUAAGCUGAGAAAUCCAUAAUCCAUUUACAUGAAUUAAAAGAAAACUUUUAACCAUGGCUUUCAUACGGCGAUGUAUUCCUAUUCUAUCGAAAACAAUUAAAAAUUUUCCCAUAGCAAAACAAGAGCAAAAUAUCCAUCGAUGGGUUUCUGCAACUUUGAUGGAGUUAAAAAAACGUGAGGAAAAACAAGGCGGUAAAUUGACAUUUCCAAGAAACUCGUUUCUUGAAUGGAAUUUAGAAGCAGAAUUAUAUGCAUUUGGGAAGCGACUAAAUGAGGAUUUCGAUUCAAGUUUACUGAUGCAAGCUUUUACUGACCGGUCGUAUGUAAUUAAAGAGGAAAUGAAACAAAAAGAAAUGGAAUUUGCUAUUCAAAUGAAAGAUAAUAGGGAACUGGCAGAGAAAGGCAUGAAGUUCAUGGAGGAGUAUAUUCAACUUUAUUUAGAAGUAGUUUUACCGAAAUUUCCCAAAGAAGGUAUCAAUGGCAUUAAAAACUACCUUUUGAGUGAAAAAGUUUUAUCAAAUAUAUCUCUACAUAUUGGAACCAAGGAUAUCAUAUUAGCUUCUGAAUAUCCAGUAAAUAACUACACUUUAGCUAACACUUUUAAGGCAAUAGUUGGAGCCUUGUAUGAGUCUUCAGGUGAAGAGAAAACGGCACAUUUUGUUAGAGAUUUUGUCAUCACUCAAUUACAAGGUCAAGAUGUCAAUGAAUUCUGGCAUAUAGAAGACCCAUGGGAGAUGCUAUCGGGCUUCAUAUCGAAGACAGGAGCCACCUUGGAACCACGGCUCAUCGGUGAAGUUGGCAAGGGAACCUUACUAGCUUGCUAUAGAGUUGGUCUAUAUGUUGAUAAGAAGAUGCUUUCUGCAGGAUUUGGGGAAACAAUUGCAACAGCUAAGGAAAUGGCAGCCCGAGAAGCCUUAAAAAAGAUAUUUGGUACUGAAGAUACUAUGCACCCUAUCAAUUUCAAGCUAGAAGGUAUACCAAAAUCAAGUGAAAAAUCACAACAGCAAAUUUCAGCCAGUUAAUUAUUAGUUAAAAUUAUUUAGUGUAGAUCUAAUAAUAAUUUGUGUAGAAAUAAGGCCAUAAAUGAUUUAAAAAUAAAGUUUAAUACAUAAUAA